GGGUUUACCCACCAAUAUCUCCAAAUGAAUGCAAUCAUUAAAGAAGGCAGUGCGCCAUCUUUAAAAUUCGCUGGCUUUCCUUGUAACCAAUUCGGCCAUCAGGAACCAGCAGCCAAUAUGACGGAAUUACUGAAUGGUUUACGAUACGUUCGACCAGGAUCCGGCUAUAUACCAAAAUUUGAUCUUUUUAAGAAAAUUGACGUGAAUGGUGAGAAAGAAUCUAAAUUAUAUAAAUUUCUCAAGGCAUCUUGCAGAACUCCAGAUGAAGGCAAAUUCGCGAAAUCUGAGGUUUUUUCAGACCCAAUUCGACCCACUGAUGUGACAUGGAACUUCGAAAAAUUCGUCAUAGAUGCCAGUGGCCGCCCAAUGUUUCGGUUUUUGCCAAAUGUCGAACCAAACGAUUUAAUUGAUCUAGUAAAGGCUAUGUCAUCCGGAUCA